AUGGCAGCCAGAUGGUACCUCGUUCUUUCUCGUCAUCAUGAUAUUCCAUACAAGAACCAGAAUUAUUUCCACAUGGCUUUUAUCUGGGCCUAUGUAACCAAGAGAAAACCAAGCUCUGUGGUGGGGGCCUACAAUGGCUGUUUGCACUUUGAAUACCACGAAUGUUCCAAUGUGUAUUCCCUUCCAUGCAUAGAAACCUUUCUUGCCUGAUUUGAAGAUAUCAAUCAUUGUACAAGUGACCAGAUGUCCAUACUUCUUUUAAGGAUACAAUCUCCCUGAAUUUACCGCCGUUCAACACAGCGAUGAUAUUCCAUGACUGGCAAUUUGUGUCCCGAUCCUUGUUCAGUCGAACCUACUGCUAACAAUUGAUGUAAUAGUUCACGGCAUGGCAGGCCCCGGAAGAUCUUCUUACUAUGGGGUUAUGAACAACGAGUUCUAUUCUUCGAGCUUUAAUGGCUUUCCGAAUGAUAUCAAUGAGUCAAUUGGUUUCAAUCACUCUCCAUCUCCAGACUUUUACCUCGGCCAUGAAAUUUAUUUUUUUCCUCAAAUGCUUGGUGAACAACCCUACACUUCCCAGCCUCUAUUCAACGGAGUAGCACCCAUAUACGAACAGUUACAGUCUCGGUCAAUUGUUACUGGUAGCACUGGAGCCAGGUCCAGCAGUAAAGCACAGCCUUCAAGGGUGCUCGAUGGGUACUAUAGGAAAAAGUCACUAACGUCGCGGAAAAACCUGGGAUCUUCACAAAGCCAUCAUGUGAUGGAAGGAGAAUAUUAUGAGCAUGGUAGCCAUGAAAACCUAGAGCAUUCCCGUAAGAAACGGGGACCUUCUGAAGACAAGAAGAGGCGAGAACCAAACAUACCACAGGCACAUGUCUUCAAGCUGGAUUUGAGGAUCCCUUUGACGUCUCGGCCACAGUCGCAGUCGGUAGCAUCACAAGAAUCUUUGAGUUCAGUUUUUCAUGUGAAUGCGAAUCAACCACUAAAGCGCAAAGCUCGUAGUGCUUUUACACCAGAAGGGAAAAAGAAAGUGGAGGCAGUAAGAAGUGUUGGUGCUUGCGUUCAGUGCAAGUUUAGAAAACGAACUGUAAGUUGACCUUGAUCUUGCAUUAAAUUAUUUAGCUGAUGACUCAGUGCGGAACAAGCGAGCCUUGUAUGUUAUGUGUUCGACGGGCUGGUAGUGUGGAGUCUGCGGCAUCCUUGUGUACAAGAAAAUCACCUUUCGUUGAACUCUCGAUAAGUGAAUGUAAGAACUCCAUCUUUGUGGGAAGCCUCUGAUACUGAAGCCACAGUCUACUCCAGCGGCUGCGUUGAAUGUAUAACCAACUUCAAUGUCGGCUUUUUAGAUGUAGAUGGUCAACGCAGAACCAUCAAGGUUGAUGGAAAAGGGCAUUUCUCUUCUCCUUUGUGCCUUAAAGUUAUCGAAGUACAAUUUUCAUCCCUGAGUGAGGAUGUACUAGAAGAACUUCGCCGAAUAACUAUAUUCAACUCCAGGUUCUCAUCCCAGCAAGAUGCCCGCCUGAAUCAGCCAGGUACCGUUACUAUUUUGGACUCUAAAUUCUGCUCAUCAAUAGAACUUGAAAACUGGGUCAUGGAAUACACGUACCACAACAAAUUAGAUGAUGCGAAUUCCACCUCUUUCCUAUUCGGGGUCGCAUACGCUAAGGAACAGCUGCCCCAUGUAAGUUGGUAUCAUCUAUUUCGAUUAGUUGCACUAUUAGUUAUGGAACUAACGCUGAGAAGGCAGAUCUGGUAAGAAACACAACCAAGCUCGUAGCUUUCAGUGACAUGCUAUGUAAAGGAUUGAAAAUCACAGCAAUAAUUGGAGAGCAGGAUAUGGCUACCCACUACUCCGCACUACGAGCACAGCUUGAGACAAAACUCUUCAAUCUCCUCUAUAACGCGGAAAGUCUUGUGUACCAAGAGCUCCAGCGUCUAGUUUUCAAAACGUCCGGGCAAUUGGCGAAAGAUGCCACUCUCCCAGUGGCACUAGUGCUGUGGUUGCUGACAAGAUUGCAAAGCUUGAAAACGAGCCACCUUAUCAAUUCGAGGGAAAGGAAAAAAUCUCGUGCGUGUUCUUUCACAUAUUAUCCCUCAAUGGUUUCUACAUAUUUAAGGUUCUAACAAUCCAUAGCGUCACAUCAAACAACAGCAUCAUAUGCAUCCCAUCAAAAGCACUCCCUCAACCUCCUCACAAGCGUUUUUACCGCCCUAUUCCGAUCGUCCUUUCCACUCCUCAUGGACUUCGAAGAUGAGCGCAACAGAGACUUACUGGGAGGAAACGAGGACUUAAUACAAUUAUCCAAGAAACUGAGGAGAGAUUUGAUAGCGUUCAAAAGAAGAGGCUAUCUCAAAGCUUGGACAUGGAAUGGCGGGUUCUUGAAAGAUCAGGUGGAUAGACUGAGAGACAUAUUGACAGAGUAAACCAUAUGAUUUCCAGGACAUGGGGAAGAAAAGAUUUUUGUAGGGUAUUGUAAGAAAUUCAGGCGUUCAGUUAUUACUAUUCCGGGUGGGUGGCCGGUUUGAGCAUUCUACGGAACAUUUUGUACAGUAGAAUGAUUGGCACGGAAUCAAUAAGAGACGAUC